AUGUCUCUACCGUCUACAUGGCGCCAGUUUCAGCUCUUUGACUUUCUUCCUAUCCGAGAUCCAAACUACCAACUGGAGUUUCCGCUUUUUUCCGACCCGUCACUCUCUUCCAUCACUGCCACACUGUCCUAUAUCGUGUUCGCCUACCAAAAUGCUUACAUCAGACUCUUAGACAAACUGCUGUUGGAGCUGGUCAUGCUGUUCUGCGCUUACAAUUUGGACUACAAAAUCACAUUUAUGAAGCCCUUGCUCAAUCUGAACUUGUUGGUCACGCUAGCUGAGUCCCAGGGCCUGCCUGCUAUCAUUAAAGUAUGGGACCUUCAUAAAAUCACUCAAUUGAGCGGAAGCACAGUCAAUGACGACGAUGCAAUGAAACACAAGUUUGUUACUCAGGUUCAGGUUCUCGAAGGGGACAAUUCUUACCCAAUUUCGUGCUUUGCAUUUAACGAUACCUUGACAUGUUUAGCUUUGGGCUACACAAACGGUAAGAUCAUCCUUGUUCGAGGAGAUAUGCUUCGAGACAGAGGAGCGAAACAGAGGGUGAUUUAUGAGAGUAAUGACCCCAUCACUGGCGUCUUCUUCAACAGAUUCGAGGAGAUCAUCUAUGUUACAACCAUCCUGCAAGUGCUCACCCUUUUAACAACUGGAAGGAAUCAGGGGAAGCCCCAUCGUGUUUUGUCUAAGAGCGAAGGAGCCGACCUUGGCUGUUCAGAUUUGGAGUAUCGCACACUGAAGUUGAUAACAGGAAACUCAGAAGCCCUCAAGUACUACAAUCAUGUGAGUAGAUCCAGUGUCAUCAACUUCAAUGUACCUAAAAGAAAGAUUCUUCGUCUUUUCAAGGACUAUCUAUUGAUUGUAUGUCCAAUUGAGGAAGCUUCAUCUGAGGACAACAAUCAGUCUACAAACAAGACGUUGACUCGUCUAUUAAUUUUGGAUUUGAAGAAUAUGCAUAUCUCCUUCAGCUUAACUAUACCAAACCUGACGAUAUCUCAUGUUUUCUCAUCAAAUAAUGAUAAUAAUGUGUUUUUGCUUUCAACGGACGGUGUCUUGUACAAGCUUCACGAAAAAGCCAUCAACCAACAAUUGGAGACCAUCAUACAAAGAGAAUUAUUCGGUAUAGCCCUCAAUCUUGCGCAUCAAAAUAACUUAGAUGACCAAACUAACUUGCGCAUUAACAGAUUAUAUGGUGACUUUCUUUACAAGAAAGGUGACUACGACGGUGCCAUAGAAAAGUACAUGCUGUGUCUUCCGUUGUUCAAAAAAGGGGACAAGAUAAAAGUUGACGCCACCGACGAUGAUAACCUAGACGAUUUUAUCGUGAAGGUCUUGAUGGAUUUUAAGCAGGUUUCCAACGUUCGGAACAUGACCAAGUUUUUGGCCGAGUUGCACAAGUUAAAUCUCGCCGACAGCGAUCAUGUAACGCUAUUAUUGUGCUGUUAUUGCAAACUUGAUAUGGUGAAGGAAAUCGAUAGCUUUAUCAAAGAAAUGGAUGUUGAUGGCACGACUCAAAGUGAGUCAAGACUUGACUAUGACAAACUCAAUUAUGCACUUUUCAUCAACCUCUUCAAGGAGUGUGGCUACUAUAGUCAAGUCACUCGGCUCUUACUUAAACUCAACAGGCCAUACACAAUUGUUGAUAUUCACUUGAACGAGCUCAACCAAUAUGAUGAGUGCAUCAACUACAUCCGAACUCUCCCGAUUGACGAGAUACUUCGUAUCCUCAUUGACUUUCUGCAGACUCUUCUUCAGAAUAAGCCAAUGGAGACUACAGAGCUUCUCAUUAACGUUUUUACUGGACAGUACAAGCCAGACAAAAGACAUGAUGUCUUUGAAAACUCUGAAAGAGUACAACCUGAUGCCCAGAAUGAAGAGCCAAAACCAAAGAUCUCCUCGUAUGAAGCCUUCAUUAGGUAUCUUUCGGGCACAAGUACUGGCAAUGGCAGUGUUAGUGAACCUGGCAAUGAUGAGCCAACAUACCAACCGCCAAGACCCAGUCUUGUGUUUCACUGUUUCAUUGGUCAUGAGCGUGAGUUUGUUGUAUUUCUUGAAGCAUGUCUCGAAACGUUCGACAAAUAUCAAGGUAAUGUGAAUGACAAGAAGGAUUUGCUUGUUACUUUGUUUGAAAUUUACCUCUCUAUGUCAUCAAAAGACUCGGCGGACGCUGGGAGCUGGAAAGCGAAAGCCAAGGAGUUGUUGAUGAAUAAUGGUGAUCUCAUUGAUAAAUCCAAGGCCUUGGUGAUAUCGUACAUGUAUAACUUCACAGAAGGUGAAACUGUCAUCAACGAGCUCACUGAGAACUUUGAAGAAGCGAGCUUUCAAUCUUGUCAAAUGCUAGAUGAUGUCCAGGGGUGUCUUAAUAUUGUGCGGAAGUACGGUGAACGUAAACCGAAGUUGUACAAGCUUAUGAUCAAUUAUUUAGGUGCGUCUAACGAAGGUAUCAAGCUUGUCUCUAACAAGGAGUUUCUCUUUCUUCUUGAAAGAAUCAAGCAUCAUCGUCUCCUUUCACCUUUGGAAACAAUCAAAGCUCUCAGUGGAAAUCCCCAUGCGACUGUCGGGAUGGUCAGAGAUUAUCUCAUUGAUCACUUUGAGCAAACGCAGAAGCAAAUCAAGAACAAUGACAAGUUGAUUGACUCCUACGAACACGAGUCCACUAUGAAUAGCCUCGCUUUGACAGAGCUCACUACAGAUGCAAUGGUGGUGAAAAAUUCCAAGUGCAACGGCUGUGAGUUGCGCCUCGAAUUCCCAGUGAUCUACUUCAAGUGCAAACAUGCCUAUCAUCAACGGUGCUUGAACGAGAACAUCUACAUUCCAGAGACCACCGACAAUGGAAACAACGAUCCGAAGUGUCCACUCUGUGUCAACGAAAUCAGCUCUCUGGAACUAGCUCGUGAAAGACAACUUCGGGUCAAGGAAGAAACUGAAAUCUUUAAGCAACAACUCGAUGAAUCAAAUGACAAAUUUAAGGUGAUUUGUGACUACAUAGGAAAGGGCGCUAUGGAAUAG